AUGGCGACGGCAUACAAGAUCAAUGUCCCGGUGACGAACACGGGACUGUGGAAGUUUGAUCAGAAAGAUGCUGCCGCGAGCAAGGUGUCUGAGCUACUACAAGAGGAUCUCGAGAAACACCAUGUCUUCUUCAAUCAAGAAGGAUUCCACAACCAUAUCCCCCAUCAGGUCCUAGCCCUCUUCGGAACCGGCGCAGGCCCCGACGCCAUCCAGACAGCGUACAAGGAAAACGCAAACUACCAGCGCCCAGCCCAGACCCCACGCGACUCAGUCGCAGACGAGCUACACGACUGGGAGCGCGCGAAAUCGUAUCUUGGCAAGGAGAAGCACUACCCAGACUUCCUCCUCUUUUUCCAGCGCGAGAUCGAAAGGCUCGGGGGCUGGGAGGCGGCGCUGAACGAGCACAUCUUCAAGGGCGACGAGCGCGCCGACGACAUGUUCCAGCGCAUGUUUGCGGGCUUCCUGCACCCCAUCAUCCAGCUCAUGUACGGUGUCGAAUGGGAGCAGCCCGCCAUCGUCGCCGAGGGGCUCGCGCAGGCUGCGGUGCAUAAGAACCAGCUCAAGGACUUUUUCGACGAGACGGAGAAGCGGGCGGCGGCAGCGAGUGAGCGGAUGCCGCCGAUUUCGGAUCUUAAUGAGGAGAUACGCCAGGACCGAAAGCUUGCUCAAGCUGCUCAGAUGAAGGAUGCAAACAAGAUCUUUGAUGGGAUUCUGAAGCGCGCACCGGAGGAGAUGCUUCGGAUCGCAAGCAAGGUUAAGGUUCGUCCCCAGGAGCUGGAUGAGAGGACGGCUGAGAUGUUUCAUAAUGCCUUUUGUGUUGCUGGCGGCGCGGCUCUACGGCCGGGUAAGGAACCAAAGUGGGAUUUCUUCUUGAUGUGA